AUGAGCUGGGACAGGCUGCGCCUGUGGUACGCCUCGAUCGUCGAUGGACAAGAGCCCCACCAUCUCCUCUUAUGCGUGCCCGGCGGCGCGACCGACCUGUGGCCCGCAGAGGUGAUGUUCGAUGGCGAGGGGCAGAUGUUCCUCCAUAACGCCUGGAGGAGCUUCGUCUGCUCACACACCAUCGACGUCAGGUACUUCGUUGUCUUCAAGUACGACGGCCACGAUGACUUCAACGUCAAGGUCUUCGACGAGACCAUGUGCCGUCGCCACUACCACUCCAACGAGAACGACUAG